UCCCUGGCCUCUCCACAGAGCCGGCCUCCUCCCCAGUCUCAGCAGACAUGUCUAGCCUCCAGGAGCUGUGCUCUGGCCUGCCCCUGCGGCCCCUCCCAGAGAACCGGGGACGUUGGGCUGGGGUACCCCAUGCCCCAGUCAGGACCCCUGGCCUCAGCCCUGCUGAGGAGCAGCUGGCACUAAGGAAUGCCCUGCGCUACUUCCCCCCGGACGUCCAGAAGCUGCUGGCCCCCGAGUUUGCCCAGGAGCUGCGACUCUAUGGGCACAUCUAUAUGUACCGGUUCUCCCCCCGCAUUGAAAUGAGGGCCUACCCAGUGCAGCAGUACCCUUGCCGGACGAAAGCUGCAGCAGCCAUCAUGCACAUGAUCAUGAACAACCUGGACCCUGCCGUGGCCCAGUUUCCCCAGGAGCUCGUGACCUACGGAGGAAACGGACAGGUGUUCAGCAACUGGGCUCAGUUCUGGCUGACGAUGUCCUACUUGUCACAGAUGACAGAGGAGCAGACCCUGGUCAUGUACAGUGGACACCCACUGGGCCUCUUUCCGAGCAGCCCUGGAGCCCCAAGGCUGGUCAUCACCAACGGGAUGGUCAUUCCCAACUACUCCUCCAGAGAAGAGUAUGAGAAGCUCUUUGCCAUGGGAGUUACCAUGUAUGGCCAGAUGACAGCAGGCAGUUACUGCUACAUCGGUCCCCAGGGAAUCGUCCACGGCACAGUGCUCACUGUACUGAACGCUGGACGACGGUACCUGGGCGUCGAGGACCUGGCUGGGAAAGUCUUUGUCACCUCUGGACUGGGCGGAAUGAGUGGGGCUCAGGCCAAAGCCUCUGUCAUCGUGGGGUGCAUCGGUGUGAUCGCAGAGGUGGAUAAAGCAGCCCUCAUGAAACGCCAUCAGCAGGGUUGGCUGAUGGAAGUGACUGACAGCUUGGACCAGUGCAUUAAAAGACUCAGGGAAGCAAGGAAAACAAAGGAGGUGCUCAGCCUUGGUUACCAUGGGAAUGUGGUGGACCUGUGGGAACGCCUGGUCCAGGAAUUAGACAAGACGGGGGAGCUCUUGGUAGACCUGGGGUCGGACCAGACAUCCUGCCACAACCCAUUCAAUGGAGGGUAUUACCCUGUGCAGCUCGGCUUUGCAGAGGCCCAGAGCCUCAUGGCCUCCGAUCCUGCCACAUUCAAGAAACUGGUCCAGGAAAGCCUGAGGAGGCAGGUCUCAGCCAUCAACAGGCUGGCCAAGGAGAACUUCUUCUUUUGGGACUAUGGCAACGCCUUCCUCUUGGAGGCCCAGAGAGCAGGAGCUGACGUGGAGAAAAAAGGCGCCGAAAGGACUGAGUUCCGCUACCCCUCCUACGUCCAGCAUAUUAUGGGGGAUAUAUUCUCCCAGGGCUUCGGGCCUUUCCGCUGGGUGUGCACCUCCGGGGACCCUCAGGACCUGGCGGUCACCGAUCAGCUGGCCACAUCUGUGCUGGAGAAGGUCAUUGCAGGCGGAGUGAACCCAGCUGUGAAGCUGCAAUAUAUGGACAACAUUCGUUGGAUUCGGGAGGCUGCCAAGCACCGGCUGGUGGUGGGCUCCCAGGCAAGGAUCCUGUACUCAGACCAAAAAGGCCGUGUGGCCAUAGCUGUGGCCUUUAACCAAGCCAUCGCCCAUGGGAAGAUCAAGGCCCCGGUGGUCCUGAGCCGAGACCACCAUGAUGUGAGUGGCACAGACAGUCCCUUUAGGGAGACCUCCAACAUCUAUGACGGCUCUGCCUUCUGUGCAGACAUGGCCGUGCAGAACUUCGUGGGCGAUGCCUUUCGAGGAGCCACCUGGGUCGCUCUUCACAACGGUGGGGGCGUGGGCUGGGGUGAGGUGAUGAAUGGUGGGUUUGGCCUCGUGCUAGAUGGGACCCAGGAGGCUGAGCAGAGGGCCAAGAUGAUGCUUGGUUGGGACGUCUCCAAUGGAGUGGCCCGCCGCUGUUGGUCCGGGAACCAGAAGGCCUAUGAGAUCAUCUGCGAGACGAUGCGGGAGAACAAGGGCUUGGUGGUGACACUGCCACACCAGGUGGCAGACGAGCACAUGCUCCAGCAGGCCUUGCGGCCAUGAGCACCGAGAGCCUGCCACGGUCCCCUCAUGUUCCCCCCUUGGCCCCUGUCCUCAUCCUCACAGCCACACCACAUCUUUCGCUGCACACCUCCCUCUCCUGGGUCAGCAGGUCCACACCCAUGCCCACAUGGGGCCUCACAGCACUCUAGAGAGUGGGCUGUUGCUGUCCCCAUUCCACAGAUGAGCCAGCUGAGGCCCACAGAGGUGGGGCCAUUUCUCCAAGACCAGGUCGCUCCCCUGAGAACCUGGGAGGGCAGUGAAAGUCUUGUUUGGGGCUAUAGGAGCUUUGGAGGUAGGCGUGUCGUGAAUACUGGCUGAGCUGGUCCCUUCUCAGCCUCCUGUCAUUCCUUUUCCUACCAAAGGGCGGGCUUUCCUAUGGGCACGUUUUUAAUCAAUCACCAGCUCUUGCCCACCUUCCAGCCACCCAUGCAGCUCUCUUUCCAUCUGCUAGCCCAGUGGUCGGCAAACUCAUUAGUCAACAGAGCCAAAUAUCAACACUACAACGAUUGAAAUUUCUUUUGAGAGCCAAAUUUUUUAAACUUAAACUAUAUAGGUAGGUACAUUGUUAUUAACUUAAUGAGGGUACUCCUAAGGCUUAGGAAGAGCCACACUCCAGGGGCCAAAGAGCCGCAUGUGGCUCGCGAGCCGCAGUUUGCCGACCACGGUGCCUGUUCAUUUGUCUGUGCAGGUACUUUCUGUACCUCCACGCCCCAGCCUUGGGCACAAAGGAACAUUCACCAGGCCCCGGGCUUGAAGGGGUCCAGGGAGGAAGGUAGGAAAAUAAAGGAUUGCCUGGAGAGCUGUGCACCGUGGUGUGGGCGGGGCGGAUGCAGGGUGGUGGGAUGGGGGCCGGCAGAGCUCUGCCCUAAAGAUUAGUGAUACUUUGUUGGGGAAAAAAGGAGAGAGCAGGGGUACUACCCAUUGCCGAUCACUUAUGGCAGAAGUCUGCUCAGGAGGCCUGUUUGGGACCAGGUGCCCUGUAGGAGCAGUGUGGGAUCUGAGGCUGGCUUCACCCGCCCCUGCCAGACCCCAGACAGAGCCCAGCCCCAAUGAAGAUGACCCAGGCAGAGGGGAUCAUGUGACCGUGCUUCUUCAGGCCUUCAUUUUGAAGCGGGUGCUUUUUUUUUUUUUCUUUAAAGGGGUGGUGGUUCUGCUUUAUUCUUUCCCCAAUUACAAAAAGAAGCAAAGUGGAGAGAUGAGCUCCCUGCCCCUCGUCUUUCAUCCUUCCUGCCCCACAGACUGGUAAUCGGGACUUGUUCCCUUUCCUGUAAAUAUCCAGGGCAGCGGUUCUCAACCUGUGGGUCACGACCCCUUUGGCGGUCGAACGACCCUUUCACAGGGGUCGCCUAAGACCAUCCUGCAUAUCAGAUAUUUACAUGACGAUUCAUAACAGUAGCCACAUUACAGUUAUGAAGUAGCAACAAAAAUAAUUUUAUGGUUGGGUCACAACAUGAGGAACUGCACUUAAAGGGCCAGAGGGUUGAGAACCACUGAUCCAGGGCCAUGCAGGGAAUCAGGGAGACACUGCCCCAGAGCAGGCCCCCUCGGUGGCACUGUGCUUGCUGGCUCUCUGCACUAGGAGACCCCUGUGACCUUGCUAUGCUAAGCAGAGCAGCUUUGACCACAUACCUUAUUCUCAUUAGUUUCUGGCCUUAGCUUAGCCCCCUGUAGGGCCCAUUACAGACUUAAAAAUGGCUCAUCCUAAACCAAGAAU